AUGUCGGAUAUCGAUCCCAACGCACGAAAGGAAGUCAACAACGCGCUCAUUAGCUCGGGCAGCACUGCCGUCGGGCAGAUGGUUGACACCGGCAACUCCUCUGUUCAGAAGCGUCAAAGGAACAAAGAGGAGAAAGAGAAACGCGAGGCCGCUGCGAGAGCUGCUAAGCAGGAGGCCGAUGCUGCUGUUAGUCCACGAACCCUUUAUCUCAACACUCAAGAAGUUGAAAUUCCCAAUCCUGUCAUGUACUGA